UCCAACUGCAGGAGGGCCUCUCCCUUCUCCUUUCAUCUUUCCUCCAUAGCAAUCUUUAUAGGCAUCUUUCAUGGUUCCUCGUAGAUCUUAUAUUCUAUAUAUUUUUUUAGGCCACCACCUCCAUAGCUUUGUGCCAAAGCUAUCUUCCCCCCUGGUUCUCUGCUCUUUCGGUUGAUGAUUCUGAUUUCUCAAAUCAAAGAAAGGGAAAUCAAGACUUUAUCCCACUGCUUUUAAUUCCUCAUCUGCUCUGUUUCUCUCCCAAAGUCCACGUUUUUUCCUUGCAUAGUCCUCUCUCUUUGUCCUGAAUGUGGCUUUGAGUUCUUGAACCUCCUGAUUCACAUGCCAAACCUUUCAACUCCCCCAACAGAUUAGGUGUUUUUUGAUCAAGAAAUCUGUCUUCAUGCGCAUCCCCCUCUUCUUGAUGUUUGAGACCCAUGUCCCCAAUUCUCAGUGAGAUCCUUCUCUGUGGGUAUAUCAUCUCCUCUUCAUUCAGGCGCAGGACCCACCUUGUUCAGUCCUUCUCGGUCGCCUUCCUCUACUGGCUCUACUACGUCUCAUGAUUCAACCCUCAAUUCCUGCUAAUAUAUGUAAUAGCUACUGCCUUUUCUGAAUAAAUCUGAAGCUAAAUAUCAUCUGGGUCUUUCUUUAGUUUCAUCCUCUCCCCCACUUAAUUGCUCUGAAAAAGAGAGAGAAGAAUUUCUGCACAAAGCACAAGAAUUUCACAAAACGCUGUAGUUUGGAUCGGCAUCAAUGGCGUCUCCUUGCGGGACAUCUUCAGGGUCGUCCCUGAUUCAGAACUCGGCCUCUGAGGAGGAAUUGCAGGUUGUCAUGGACCAGAGGAAGAGGAAGAGAAUGGUCUCGAACCGCGAGUCGGCGCGGCGGUCCCGGAUGAGGAAGCAGAAGCACCUGGACGAAAUGAGGGCUCAGGUCGCCGAGCUGAGCAAGGAGAACCACCAGAUCGGGACCAACAUCAACAUCACGACGCAGCAUUUCUUGGCCAUUCAGGCUGAGAACUCUGUGCUGAGAGCCCAGGUGGGCGAGCUCAGCCGCAGGUUGGAGUCACUGAACGAGAUCAUCAGUUUCUUGAACGCGAGCAAUCGAGUCUUUGAAUCUGGGGUUGCCCAGAACGGCCCAAUCGAGCCUGUCGACGAGUUCUUGAACUUGAACCCAUUUGGUCUUGGCUUUGGCAAUCAAGCUAUUAUGGCUUCUUCAGAGAUGUUUCAGUGCUGAUCUUUUCUAUGUGCAGGAAAUGAGUGAUCUUUGGGGUUAUUUUGGUUUUGGGUGAUAGAAGUAUGUUUUAGUAUUGUCAGUGUAACUGUACUUUCUCGUAACGUAAGUGUUACUCAAGAGUCAUAUAAUCAUUUUGUCCCUCUGUGUUUAUCA